CUGUCCUGAAAUUUGCAAAAUCCUAAAAUCCGCACAACCUCUGGUCCCAAGCUUUGCGGAUUUCUGGACUGGAUACAGUAGAAGUAUUGUUUAAAGUAUUGAAUUGAAAAUUUUUUGAAAUAAGCAAUUCUGUAAUUGCUUGUUGAGUAUUUUGCGUUGUUAUAAAAAGCAGAUAUUUUAACUGAAAGAAUUCUCUUUGUGAUAGUUAUAUUAUAAAAAUUAAAAUCUUAGAAUUUAAGGAGAUCAUUGAACUUUUGACUAAACAUUUUUGUUAACUUUUGACUAAACUAUUUUCUUACAGAAAAGAUUCUGUACAGCUUAUUUAAAUAGAGAUAAUAUAUUGUGAAAUAAAUUUGGAUUUUUAGAGUUAUAGAACAGUGUGGAAAAUCAUUAUUACAUGUGAAUGUUUGAUUAAAUAAAAGGAAACUAAUACUAUAAAAAGAAAGAGAGAAAGAAUAGAAACACACCAGAGUAAAACAUAAAAUUAGACAAAUGUUACAACUUUGUGUUUGUUGUUAUAUAAUAAUAAUAAUUAAAAUGUACAUCAAAUGCAAGUUUGUUGCUUUGUCUAAUUUUAUAAAUAUUAAAAAGUAAAUGAAUCACUUUUUUUUAUGUUAAAUCCGUGUAUGAAAUAUGCUCUUAAAAUAUUUUAUGAAAAUUAAUUUCAUCAAAUUCUAGUGUUGCAAACUUGAAAUUUUGUAUUUGUAAAUAUAGUAAUUUUUUCAAGAGGUAGGGAGAAUAAGUUAAAGCAUAUUUGCAUAAGCAAAUGCAAAAAGAAAAUCAAAAUUUGAUUGUGUGAUUCAGGUUGCAUUUGUAUGCAGCACAUGUUGAUAUUUUGUUCUAUUCCUUUGUAGGAUCCUAGUCAAAUAUCAAGCAAAAUUGCAAUUAUUCCUGUAUCACCUAUUCCAUCAAUCUAUAGUAGCCAGUCUCCUCUAACUUUUAUCAGGUCAACACCUGAAGUAAGUAUAGAGGUUUACACACCUGAAAACAAUGCUUGGGUUCCUUUUCCAACUUUUAUGAAAAAUGCCAAAAAAUAUGCUAAAAAUGGACGAAAUCUGUUUGGAAGUCAAAAUUCACAUUCUCCCAUCACACCUAGCUUUGGAAUCUUGCCUUUGUCUACGCCAGUGACAAGUCAAGAUAACGAUACGCCAUCUUGUGACAAAUUGACCAUUAAAAAGACUCCUAUGACAAGAAGAAGCCAAGAUUUAAAUCCUCCAAAAUUUCAAAUUUUUAGUCAGUCUGGGAACAACAACAAUAGUAAUACUGGCUUAUCGCAGACGCCUCAAGCUAGCCUCCCACCAGUUGCCUUGAGUAAUGUGAGGAGAAGUUCUAGACUUUUUAGCAGUUCUAAUUCUGUAAAAGAAAACAACAAAAGCUCUACUAGGACUAGGUUUAUUUCAACAAAAACACCUACAAAGAAAACAAAGGCACGUACAUCUCGAACUUCUAUUACGGAGCCAAAGGAAAGUGAACUGAAUGAAAUCAAUAAACCAGAAAUUCAGUGUGAAAAUAAGUUAUCAAAUUCUGUUACAAUAAUGCAGGCAGCUCUGAGCAUGCAGAAAGCAUCUGCAGGUAAGCUUUUUAUAUUUGUGUUGUUAUUUUUUAUUUUUAUUUAUUUAGUUAGUGUGGUGUCCCCCCCCCCAAUAGCCCAAAGCCGAGAAGAGCUUUUAGUUUCAAAAUGGCGUUUUGCAUCAGUUCACUACAAAAUCUCCAUUUCAAUUUUCAAAUUGCUGCCAACAAAUAUUAUUUGAAAAGUUUUCAUGAAUGUAUGUAUGUUUUUCACAUUAUGAAAAACAGCGGUGCCUAGAGCCAUCAAGUUUUGAAUAGCGUAGUCCCCCACCCAAAUGUGAGCAACUGGAAGUAUUGUCUUUCUCAUAUUUUGUAAAACUUGAACGAAUUUUUGAUUAACAAACUUAGUAAUUUCAAAGCAAUUGCAACACUUCACAAAAAAAAAAAAAAAAAAAAAAAAAAAAAGAAA